UCGAUGGCUUCUCAUCUCGUUCGACAACGUGCGGGGCAGGAGCGUCUUCUCCGGGAAGCAGGGCAUUUCAGAGGAUAAGGAAGGGCACCAACCGGCAGUGAUGGAUUUGAACUCUACAGUGAACGAAAGUGGUUUUAGGGAGCGUGACCAAUCAACAAGAGUUCUCACUGGCUGCUUCCUGUCCCUCCUUAUACUAUCCACCCUGCUAGGGAAUAUGCUAGUCUGUGCAGCAGUCACCAAAUUCCGUCACCUCCGCUCCAAAGUCACCAAUUUCUUUGUCAUCUCCCUGGCUGUAUCUGAUCUUCUAGUGGCCAUCUUGGUCAUGCCUUGGAAGGCUGUGACAGAAAUUACUGGUUUCUGGCCAUUUGGUUCAUUCUGUAAUGUCUGGGUGGCCUUCGAUAUAAUGUGCUCCACUGCAUCUAUUCUCAACCUUUGUGUUAUUAGCGUAGACCGAUAUUGGGCCAUUUCUAGCCCGUUCCGCUAUGAGCGGAAGAUGACUCCCAGGGUAGCGUUCGUGAUGAUCAGCGCAGCCUGGACGCUAUCCGUGCUCAUCUCUUUCAUUCCCGUUCAUCUUAAAUGGCACAAGGCUCCUCCCACAAACCUCUUGCUGCCAAACGCGUCCCGCAGGGCCCAUCGGACGGACAACUGCGACUCCAGCCUCAACCGCACCUAUGCCAUCUCCUCCUCGCUUGUCAGCUUCUACAUCCCUGUGGCCAUCAUGAUUAUGACAUACACACAGAUCUACCGGAUCGCCCAGAAGCAGAUUAGAAGGAUCACGGCAUUGGAGAGGGCUGCCGAGAGCGCCAAGAUUCGCCACGAGGGCACGGCCAGUGCCCCUAGCGCAGAUCCGGAGAGCUCCUUUAAGCUGUCCUUCAAAAGAGAGACGAAGGUGUUGAAGACGUUGUCAGUCAUAAUGGGAGUGUUUGUGUGCUGCUGGCUGCCCUUUUUUGUCCUGAAUUGCGUGGUACCAUUUUGCGAGCGUGACCAUGCUGCUGGUGCUGACGUCCACGCCACAUGCGUCAGCCCCACCACCUUUGAUGUGUUUGUCUGGUUCGGGUGGGCAAACUCCUCUCUCAACCCCAUCAUAUAUGCCUUCAAUACAGACUUUCGCAGGGCUUUUGCUUUGCUCCUGGGCUGCCAGAGAGUCUGUCCAGGGAAGAACAUGAUGGAGACGCCUUGUCUGAAGCAGCAACUGAAGAAGCACUAUACUGCAUUGCUCUCGUCCUCUGUUGGGCCAGAUGGGCCACUGGCAAGAAAACAAACCUGCUCUAAAAUGCAGCCAGUGUCACAACACUUAGUGCAAGAAAAAGCAUCUGGACAAGAGGGUGAAGGGAUUUGGGAUUAAAACUCUUG